AUGCCCAAGUCCAGUACUGGCGUUACCGACGCCCCUCCACCGGCCGCCCACUUUGCCGAUGACAAAGUUCAAGCCGAGUCGGAGCGCGUCGAGCAGCUCAUUCUCCAGGCCGAGCAGGCCACUCGAUCGCAGCACAAGAUGACCCUCAUCCAAGGUCUCAGGCAGUACCCCAAGGCAUGCUUCUGGUCCAUGAUGAUUUCGGUGGCCGUCGUGAUGGAGGCAUUCGACAUGGUUUUGACCGGCAACUUUUACGCCUACCCCUCCUUCCGCAAGCGCUUUGGCCAAAUGCACAUUGACAAGAACGGCGAGGUGGACUACCAGAUUCCUGCCCGCUGGAUGGCCGGUCUCGGUAAUGCUGCCGGUUGCACGGCCAUUGUUGGCGUCAUUCUCAACGGCUGGAUUGCCGAGCGCUUUGGAUACCGUCGCACCAUGCUCGUCACCCUCGUGUGGAUGUGCGGCGUCUUCUUCCUCUUCUUCUUCGCCAACUCUCUCGGCAUGCUGCUCGCAGCCCAAUUCCUGGUCGGCUUUGCCUGGGGCAUCUUCCAGACCCUCACGACGACCUACGCCGCCGAAGUCGCCCCUCUUCCCCUCCGUGGCAUCCUCACCACGUCUCCUCCGUCGCACCGACGAUUGGGGCUGGCGUAUCCCUGGGUGUGGCCUAUUCCGCUUAUCCUCACCGCCAUUUUCGCCCCCGAGUCACCUUGGUGGCUCGUCCGCCGUGGACGUCCCGAAGAGGCCCGCUUGUCCCUCAAGCGCCUCUACUCUGGUGACCAGGAGGAAGAGGUCAACAACGCUCUGGCUAUGAUCGAGCACACUAUCGCCAUGGAGCGUCAGGCCACGUCCGGUGCCAGCUACAAGGAGCUCUUCCGCGGAACCAACCUCCGUCGCACCGAGAUUGUUUGUGGUGCCUGGGCAGUACAGCAAAUGUGCGGAUCGUCGCUCAUGGGCAGUGCCACCUAUUUCCUGGAACAAGCUGGUUUCUCGCCCGAGAAUGCUUUCUCGAUGACCAUGGGACAGUAUGCGAUCAACACUGGUGGUACUUUCAUCUCCUGGGUCCUGAUCGGAAUGGGAAUCGGCCGUCGCUCCAUGUACCUCUACGGCUGCAUCUGGAUGUGCGCCGUUCUGCUCAUUAUUGGUGGUGUCUCCACCCUCAACACCACGGCGUCUUCCUGGGCCGUCGGCUGCAUGCUGCUCAUCUGGAGUGUCUGCUACCAGUUCACUGUUGGAACUGUCUGCUACUCUCUUGUCGCCGAGCUUCCUUCCCGUCGUCUCGCGAUCAAGACUAUCAACCUCGGCCGGGGCUUCUACAAUGUCGUCGGUGUCAUCAACGGCUCAUACAGCAGCUACAUGCUCAACCCGACAGCGUGGAACUGGGGCGGAAAGACGGCCUUCUACUGGGCCGGCAUGUGUGGGCUGUGCAUCGUGUGGAUCUACUUCCGUCUCCCCGAGCCGAAGGGACUUACCUUCCACGAACUGAACGCCCGGUUCGUCGCCAAGGUCCCCGCGCGCAAGUUCCAGUCUGUCGACAUUGACGUGUUCGAACGCAACGACACGACGAUCGCGGCCUUCUCGGCAAAGCAGAAGAAAGAGUACCUCCAAACCAAGAGGGCGAUGAAGCGCGGUGACCUUGAGCCCGAAGAGGCCGACCUGCCCAAGAGCAACGGGCGAACCAAGAUCGACAAGACGAAAACAGCACGCAGUGAAGUACAAGACGUGCUCGAGCUCCACAGCACAUUCUUGGCAGUACCGCGCGACUAUGCCGAGCGUACACAGAACGCUGCUUGGGCCGACGAGCUGCAGCGCCCACUCCCAGAUUCGACAGCGGUGUUCCCGCUCGAGCUUGUCGACAACCCCGCUGCGCGCAAACUCACUGUGCCGUCGCGCCCAGGCUUCCGCUUUGGCCAGAGCAAGCGCGAGGUUGAGGAAAACGAGGAGGGUGUGUUCCGCAAGUGGCUUGCCGGUUCCCGAGCCACUGUCGAUGCCUGGGUCAACGACGACCGUGAGGAGGACGGAGCCGCUGGGAGCACAAUACACAGCCCCAGUCGCUUCGAAACCAACCUCGAAGUUUGGCGUCAACUCUGGCGCGUGGUCGAAGCCUCCUCCAUUGUCCUACUCCUGAUCGACGCACGUUGCCCACCUGUCCACUGCCCGCCCAGCCUGCGAUCAUAUCUCCGCUCGCACCGACCAAAGCGGGAGAUCAUACUCGUGCUCACCAAGGCUGACCUUGUCGACCCGGCCGCACUGGAGGGCUGGAAGCAGUGGUUGACCGGAUGGUGGUCCACCGACAACGAGGGGCAGAACGAUGACCCGGUUCAGGUCGUCUCGGUCAGUAGCUAUGACACCGAGUUGCUGUACGGUGACGGUCGUCACAAGCCCCUCAUCCCAGCGGAGUCGCGUAACGCCCUCAUCUGCGCACUCAAGACCGCGCACGAGCGGCUUCGAGUACCACCGUCGACCGCCUCCAAGAUCGAGAAGACAGCGGCGUGGCACCCCGAAGUCCGAGAGACUGUGAACUGGUCAGAGCUCGAGGGAGCUGCCGAGGUACACCUCGAGUCGGAGGGGCACGAGCAGGAGGCAACAUACCAGAACGGUGCUAUCACCGAGCCCCUGACCAUCGGCCUCGUCGGUCAGCCAAACGUCGGCAAGUCGUCUCUCCUCAAUGCUCUCCUCGGUACCACCCGCGUCCAUGCCAGUCGGACACCAGGCAAGACAAAGCACUGGCAGACUAUGCUUUGGGGCGCCCGGCGCGAGGUGCGCAUCGUCGACUGUCCGGGUCUGGUGUGCCCUAGUCUGGUGCCAAUGGAACUACAGGCCAUGUCGGGGAUCCUGUCCAUCGCCCAGAUUCCUUCACUCCCAGCCUGCAUCUCGUUCGCUGCGCGGUACCUGCCUCUCGAGCGCGUGUUCCGCCUCCCGCCACCCGAGCCACAGAUCGACCAGAUGUCUGCCAAGCGCACCUGGCGCAAGGGCAUGGUAGUCGCCGCACCUGAGCCCAAGGGCCCGCGCUGGACCGCCGGCGAGAUCAUGGACCGUCGGGCGCUGGACCGCGGGUUCGACUCGAACCGCGCGGCAGACGGCAUAAUGCGCGCGCUCGCUGACGGUCGAGUUCGCUGGGGCUUCUGGCCGCCUGGUUCCAUGCCUAUACGUGGCGGCGAGGGCAUCUGCCUCGGCGAGUGGCAUGGUGAUGCCACAGCAAGCGAGGGUGAGGAAGAGAUGGGCGAUCAUGGAGAUGUCCCACCCCACCUCGUUACAUCAGGACCAGACGAGGACGUGGUGGAGGACAAGGACGAUGAGGGCGAGGACAUUCUCGACGACUUUAUCAAAGCCAACAACGCCAGCUUCUUCGCCGCGCUGAGCCUGGCCGACCCGCAAGACGAGGAGGACGAGGAGGAGUGA